AUGUGCUGCUCUACGGCAGCGUGGAAGCGUGAAGUUGUCCCGGAUCACAAGGUGUGUGUCUCGGCUGUCUCUUCGUCGAGGCGUCGGCGUCGCUGUCUCACCUCGGUCCUUCACGUUCCCACGCCACGAACGGGCGCGAGUUCGCGGAAAUGGUUCGGGGUACUGCGCCCCUUCAUGGUGCUCGUCAUGCUUCCAGACGACGAUUCGGGUGUAUUGCGUGCUUAGUUCGCUCAGUGACGCGCUCGGUGUAGCGUGUCGAGCUUUGCUUUCAUUGCAACGCAACUACGCGUCGUCGUCGCUCAACGUCCGCGCGUAGUCGCGCCAAGGGCACGAAACGCUGAGCGCCCGUCGUCGAAUCCUUCGCAGUUCGAUUUCAUCGACGUCCACGAGUUCCAUUCCAAGAGCUGCACGACGCGAUUACAGUGAGUCUUGUUGAUCCACUCCCUAAUCUCGGUUGCCGAGCUCAUCUCUGUGAGCCGCAACGAACUGACGCAACCGCCUCCGUUGCUCCUUUGUGAUUUCCACUUCGCCGGUACGAUCACCACUUGGCAGAUAUGGCUGGCUCUGGCUGUUAUUUAUCAAAUCAAUUGCGGUAUACGUAGCCGAUAUCUACACUGCCAUCGCUUUGCUUGCUUCGGGCAGGUGGUCGGGCUCGAUCCUGCAGUCCGAAGCCGCCGCAUCAUCGUCCAAGGGGUCAUCGGUGCUCGAGGUCCCAUUCAACAUCGGAAAGUACGUUCGGCCCGUGCGUGGGUAAUCCUGAUUCUUCAACCAAGGCUGAUCUCAAUUGCGACUGGUCUGGGACUCGACCACUCAGGUGGAUUUUCACGGGCUGUAUCAUAUUCUCGUUCCUGCUAUUGGCCUGGGAAGCGCGCAAAUCGAGGGCCAUCAUCAAAAGUAGGGACAUCAGGUACGUCGAGCGCGCGAGGGAGGUUUGAGCUUUUGGGACUUCGCCAAGCUGAAAGUUGCUCCUCUUCAUCGACACCGGUCGCAGCUACGCCUUCACCAACGUUAUGAGUCAGAGUUGGUACGCUCUGAGAAGCUACGAUCACUUCUGCUUUUUCUGUCAAAUCGACAACUCGAAGAAGAAGAAGGACGAGUUCGCCUUUUUCGUCUUCUUCACUUUCAAAGGUAAGACUGAAGCUGUCUCUGCGCAGUGCGGCACGUUUUAUUGACAGUGCUCGGGGGCGUUUUCGCAGGGUGGAAGCGACUGAUUCUUGCAGACGGCCCGCGUCAGGUCAUCAACGGCAUCACACUCUACUCCUUCGGCAAGUCCGAAAAAUGGACGACGGAUCUUUCCGUUUACUUUGGCGGCGGUUUCCUCAAAACGGGCAUCAUCAUCACCAUGCUCUUCACCGUCAUCAUCUUUGUUGGAUCGGCGGUGUUGCUCUUGAUUGCAGCGAUCAUGUAUGUGCCGCUGCUGUGCUACAUCCAGGGCAACCUAAAAGAAUACUGCUGCCACAAGGUCGACAAACGGUACUUUGGCACAUUUGCAAGCCCCGAGCAUUCAGGCCACGCAUGACUGACACACAAGACCUACGUGCCUACAGAAUUGCCGAGCUGAUGAAGCGCAAGAACCGAAAACGCCUAGCCAAAGAAGCCGAGAUUGCUCGGAAGGAAGCCCGAGGCGAUUUUUCCCAUCUUAAGGUGCGUUCGACGAUCUUCGCUCUGCGUCAGAUGAUCCAUUCGCUGACGCUAUGGUAGUUUUCCCACGCAGGAUAAGAAAACCGGCAAACUGGUCGCAGCGCCCCUGCCUCAGCCGACGUUGCCGAAAGUAGGCUUGCGGGACAACGAUUUGUACGCACCAUCAUAUUCCAACAGUGAGGUUAGCUCGGCGGUUGGCAAUUACCGCUACCCGCCACCCAGCAACAUCUCAAGCCAUAGCGGGGCGGGAGGAUACUUCGAUGAUCUUCGUUACGAUCGAAAUCAGCCGUUGCCCAAAUCCAAAUUUAAUAAUUACGCGCCUUCCGAGACGGACUCCUUUGACUUCCAGGCUCCCUCGGGGUUGUACAGUCACAGCGUGAGUUCGAUGGAAGCGUUCGCGCAGCGCGGGGAGGGAAUGGGGUACGAUUCAAACCAAAGUCGAGGCCACAUGGGUGGGGAAGAGAUGUCUCGCGCGCCAUCCUACCGGAGUCGCCAAGAAGAAGAAGAGGGCAAGGCCGCAGUACAAUCACACCAAUUCUACGCAAACUACUACCAGCCUCCGGCGAUGCCUUCUCAACAACAUGGGAGCCCGAGACCACACUUCCUGGAAGACGGCGUAGGCAACUCGGAGGUCAUGUUCGAUGGUCGGGCCCUCGGCCGGGGGAAUAGUACAAGGUCGGACGCGCGUUCGGAAUACGUUGUUCCCUCGCGACAGAACCUUUACGAUCGGACGGCGGCACGGUAUCCUUCAGACGACGACUCCGUGAUUUUGACGUACGCUGCUUCACCACGUGAAAUCAGAUGA